GCAGUGGUGGGCGCCGCGCCGCAGGAUGGGCUGGUGCGGCUGCAGCUCCGGGCCGCCGCCGUCGCGGCUGCCGCUGCUGCUGCUGGUGGCGGUGGCCGGCGCCGGCGCCGCCCCGCGCUCCGCGCUCUACUCGUCCUCUGACCCGCUGACGCUGCUGCAGGCGGACACCGUGCGCGGCGCCGUGCUGGGCUCCCGCAGCGCCUGGGCCGUGGAGUUCUUCGCCUCCUGGUGCGGCCACUGCAUCGCCUUCGCCCCGACGUGGAAGGCGCUGGCCAACGACGUCAAAGACUGGAGACCCGCCCUGAAUCUCGCUGCCCUGAACUGUGCUGAUGAGACCAAUAGUGCAGUCUGCAGAGACUUCAACAUCCCCGGCUUCCCGACCGUGAGGUUCUUUAAGGCCUUUUCCAAGAAUGGCUCAGGAUCAGCAUUGCCAGUGGCUGGUGCUGAUGUGGAGACGCUGCGGAAGAGGCUCAUUGACGCCUUGGAGUCCCAUAGUGACACGUGGCCCCCCGCCUGCCCCCCGCUGGAGCCUGCCAGGCUGGAGGAGAUUGAUGGAUUCUUUGCGAGAAACGACAAAGAUUACCUGGCCCUGAUCUUUGAAAAGGAAGGCUCCUACCUGGGUAGAGAGGUGACUCUGGACUUGUCCCAGCACCAAGGCAUAGCAGUGCGCAGGGUCCUGAACACGGAGGGUGAUGUGGUGAGCAAGUUCGGGGUCACUGACUUCCCAUCUUGCUACUUGCUGUUUCGGAAUGGCUCUGCCUCUCAGGUCCACGUGCUUGCGGAAUCCAGGUCCUUCUACACCACUUACCUGAAGAGGUUCUCCAGGGCCCCCCAGGAGCCUGUCCCCACCAAGGCUGUGCCAACCACUGCUCACACAAUAGCUCCCACUGUGUGGAAAGUCGCAGAUCGCUCCAAGAUCUACAUGGCUGACCUGGAAUCCGCGCUGCACUACAUCCUGCGGGUGGAAGUGGGCAAGUUCUCUGUGCUGGAGGGGCAGCGCCUGGUGGCCCUUAAAAAGUUCAUGGCCGUGCUGGCCCAGCACUUCCCCGGCCAGCCCUUAGUCCAGAACUUCCUGCAUUCCAUAAAUGACUGGCUGAAGAGGCAGCAGAGAAGGAAAAUUCCCUAUGGUUUCUUUAAAGCUGCCCUGGACAACAGGAAGGAGGGCACUGUGAUUGCCGAGAAGGUGAACUGGGUUGGCUGCCAGGGGAGUGAGCCACAUUUCCGGGGCUUUCCCUGUUCCCUGUGGAUCCUCUUCCAUUUCCUGACGGCGCAAGCAGCUCGGCACAGUUUCGACCACUCACAGGAGACAGCCAGGGCCCAGGAGGUCCUCCAGGCCAUCCGCAGCUACGUGCGUUUCUUCUUCGGCUGCCGAGACUGCGCCAACCACUUCGAGCAGAUGGCAGCCAACUCCAUGCACCGGGUGGAGAGUCUGAACAGCGCCGUGCUCUGGCUCUGGUCCAGCCACAACAAGGUCAACAAUCGCCUCGCCGGGACCGCCAGUGAGGACCCCCACUUCCCCAAGGUGCAGUGGCCGCCCCGUGAGCUCUGUGCUGCCUGCCACAACGAACUCCGGGGUACGGCUGUGUGGGACCUGAACAAUACUCUGCGAUUUCUCAAGACCCACUUCUCGCCCAGCAAUGUGGUCCUGGACACGCAUUCCCCUCGGCGGGGCCCCCGGAUGGCUGCCCAGAGGAUGGCAGCCAGAAAUGCCACUCUGAGUCCUGCGAAGGUGGCGAUGGUGGCGGGCCCGGGGACAGAGUCCCUCGGAACCGCUGUUCCUGGCGUUGCCGUGGAGAGACUCGGGGCGAGUCAGCCCCAGGAUGUGCUCAUUGGCUUCGGGGCCACCAUGGCCGAGCCAGAGCAGGGGUCCCCCGAGCAUGUAGCGAAGCUUCAGAGGGAUGAGGCGGAGCAGCCCGAGGGGCGGCAGCACGUGAGCAGGCGAGACAGGGGAGCCACGCUGCUGGCGGAGUUCCUGGCCGAGAAGAGCCAUCCCAGAGCCCCUUUGGAGCUGCGGCGAGUGGGCCGCAGCUCCAAGCAGCUGGCCAGCAUCCCCGAGGGGGAGCCAGAGGCGGGGCCCAUGCGGGGCCAGGGCCAGUGGCUGCAGGUGCUGGAGGGGAACUUCUCCCACCUGGACAUCAGCCUCUGUGUGGGGCUCUACUCCCUGUCCUUCAUGGGCCUCCUGGCCGUCUACACCUACUUCCGGGCCAGGAUGAGGGCGCUGAAGGGCCAUGUUGGCCACCCCGCAGCCUGAACCAUUCAACUUGGGGAAGGGGCAGGGCCGGGAGCCGCCACUUGUGGUGCUCUCCCAGCCCCCUGCCCCUCUCCCCUCUCCCCGUGUUCCUUGUCCAGGGAAAUCCAGAGAAACCAGUUGCUCCAGUGGACCUCCUUGGGCCUUCUGGGAAGGAAUGUUCCAUAGACAUGAAAGCAUGCGUAGGGCUUGUGUUCAUCUGAAGUGCAGGGGAGGCAGCGUUGGGCAGAGGGGUUGGGAGGCUCAGCACCAAAUUCCUCUCUUUUACCUUAUUUGAAGUCCCUCCUUGCUCUCGCUGAAGCUUCCGUGUCUCCACUUGGUCUUGGCCCUAAAAACUGGGGCAAGCCAAGGCCAAAGAUCCCCGGGUUCCCCUUCCAGAGGAGAGUUCCCAGCCUAGUGGGCUAGAGCCGAACUCCUCACUGUAUUCCCGAGCUCCAUCCAUCCCGCUCCCUUCCGGAUGCAAAGAGGCCUUUGUGCCAGAGAAGGAAGGACUGUCUCUGGCCCUCUGUGGCCUGUGUGUCCUCCAGCCCCUCAAAUCUCCAGGGUGGGGCUUGCUUCUGGGUGCGGGAGGGGAUGGUCUGGAAGCUUCUGAGAGUCCUGCUGGUCUCCCAGGUGAGGCUUGGGUUCAGGGUUGGAGGGAGGAGAGCUUCUGGCUCCUUCCCCAGACCUCUGCUGCUGGCGCUGGUGUGGACUUGGACGGGUGAUGGCCUCGGGGCUGGGUGGUGAGCUUGGCAGCACCUGAGAGCGGCUAGCAGGGGACUUAGGGAUGGGUGGUGGUGUCUUUAGUGCCUUGGCUCUGGGCUUAGCUGUGAGGGGAGAGGGAAGCUUCAGGGAAAAGACGGUUGCUUCAAAUGUGCUUUGGCUCCUCCCCAGCGGACUCCACCCCUGUUGGAGCUGGGUUUGCUGUCUUUUGAUUUUGGCCUCCAAAACAGAUGUUAGUCUCUGAAUGCGGAGGGUGCUGGAGUAAGGGGGGGGUAUCCUCUCUCCUGAAGGUCCACCUCCCGUCGUGUAGAAGUUCAAAGGGUCAGCGGGAAAGGUGGCUCCAUACACAUGCUUGAUUCCCACUCUGCCCCACUGCUUGGGAAGGUUGUGGAAUAAAUUAUUUUUG